AUGCAGCCUCUGCGUUUUUCCGGAACAUUUUUGGCAAGGACCGCCGCACUGACUUCGCGGAUUGGGAUCUCUCCUCACUUCAGCGGCUGGAUGGUGAAGUGGCAGAGGUCUUGUCGGCGGACUGGACUGAGCAAGAGGUCAAGAAGGCGUUCGCGGCGAUGGCAAAAAAUAAGUCGCCGGGGGGGAGACGGGUUGCCUAAGGAGCUCUUCGAAGCUCACUGGGACUUGUUGGGGGAGAGCUUCAUGGCCCUGGUGAAGAGCUUCGAGGCAACAACCACCCUGCCAACAGAGACCAAAGAAGCGGUCACUAUCUUGCUGCAUAAGAAGGGGGAGAAAGACGAGCUCAACAAUUACAGACCGAUCACUCUGCUUAACUUCACCUAUAAGGUCCUGGCGAGGGUGGUUGCCGACAGGAUGAAGUCGGUUCUUCAUAUGGUUAUCUUCCCGGAGCAAUACGGCUUCAUCCCGGGGUGGCGCCUCUCGGAUGCAGUGGCUUUGGUGGCUGACGUGAUCGAUGCCGUGAAGAACGGCAAUGAGGACUUGAUCCUCCUCUUGGUGGACUUCCAGAAAGCCUUCGACUCGGUGUCGAGGGACUUCGUGUUUGAAGUACAGUACCAGAUGGGUUUUCCAGAGCGCUUCGUUGGUUGGAUCAAAGGUCUGCAUAACAAUACAUCAACGAAGCUGCUGGUUAAUGGUUGGCAGGGCAAAGGUGUGGAUGGGGCGUCGGGAGUGCGGCAAGGUUGUCCGUUGGCUCCUUACAUUUUUCUCUGCGCGGUAGAGCCGCUGGCGAGGGAGGUGGAGAGACAGGAACUCGGCCUGUCCAAGCAGGGUCUGCGUUUCAACUAUCUUGGGUACGCCGAUGAUACGACGCUGGCCCUGCAAGGAGAGGAACAGAUAGUCAAGGCGGAGAAAGUACUGGACAAGUUUGAGAAAGCGUCGGGCUUGGCGACUAACAAAGCGAAGUCAGUUUUACUCCUUCUGGGUGCAAACCUGGGUGCGAAGGGUGACGGCUCCAGCUGCUUCAAGUGGGCCAGAGCGGAUGAAGUAGAGAUGUUGCUGGGGGUUUGGGUGACACCGUCCGGAAGCGGCCUGCCGACCUGGGAAAAGGCGUGGGAACACAUUAUGGGGAAGUUAACAAAGUGGCAGCUGAAAUAUCUCACGACGAGAGCGAGAGCUACAGACAUCAACAAUUACAUCUCUCCAUUACUGGCAUUCCAAGCCCAAAUUUACCCUCCCCCGGCGGAGAUAUGGGAGGAGGUCAUCAGAUUGAUACAGAGCUUCACAUCAGGCAACCGAGUUGCGACGGUGAAGGGAUUCAUCCUCUGGAGCAAAUCUCUGUUAUACACUCCAAGGGAGGCUGGUGGCAUCGGUGUAAAGGACCCGGAGAUCAUGAUUACCUAUCUUGCGGCCAGGAGAGUGGGCCUGUAUCUUACGGAACGGAACCCCAUGAAGAAAGCAAUCAUGGCGCAGGCGGCAGAUCUCCCUGUGGGUGUCGACACUUUCUCCUCUCAUGCACUCCUGCUGAAGCAUUGGAAGGGAAGAAGCAUGAGAUGGAAACAAAUGGCGACAGCUUCAUCAAAUCCCCGUUCUGCGUCCGGCCAGCGGCGGAUAGCAGAGAAGCGGUUCUAA